AAUGCAGAAGAUUAACACCCAAGACAUGUCGACAAUGGCAGCAUAGCUAUUCGAAUUUCAUGUUUUAAUUUUAUCUGGGAUGAAACAAGCUAAUAUUCCAUAUUGACCCAAGCAUGACAAAGUCUCAGCUUUUACAUCUUUCAUCGGGUUAAUCACUGCAACUAAGCAAAGAAAAAGUCUUUAACACCCAAAGCAAGCAUCAAUCCGAAACAUAAAAGAAAGGAAAGUUUUUCUUCAGAUUCCAUUUCACCUCAAUCUGGAUUCACCAUGUUUGCCAAACGCUUGCUUCAGAAAGCGGUUCACCAUUCUCAGCAUGAGAAUUUGAAAUCAGAAGACUUGGAUUUGCGAGUUGCUAUCCACUAUGGGAUCCCAUCUACUGCAUCACUCCUUACUUUUGAUCCUAUUCAGCGGCUCUUGGCUAUCGGGACUUUGGAUGGCCGGAUUAAAGUUAUUGGUGGUGAUGGAAUUGAGGCACUUUUCAUAUCUCCGAAGCAAUUGCCUUUCAAGUAUUUGGAGUUCAUACAAAACCAGGGUUUCUUAAUCAGCAUCUCCAAUGACAAUGAUAUUCAGGUUUGGAAUCUGGAAAGCAGGUGUCUAGCAUGUUGUUUACAGUGGGAAUCCAACGUUACUGCCUUCUCUUUCAUCAGUGGUUCACAGUUCAUGUACAUUGGAGAUGAGUAUGGUUUGAUGUCAGUGAUUAAGUAUGAUGCUGAAAAUGGAAAACUUUUGCAGUUGCCCUAUUAUAUAUCAGCAAAUUCUUUAAGUGAAGCAGCUGGGUUUUCAUUUCCUGAUGACCAACCUGUUGUUGGGAUUCUUCCUCAACCCCAUUCUUCUGGGAAUAGAGUCAUAAUUGCAUAUGCAAAUGGUUUGAUAAUUCUUUGGGAUGUUUCUGAAGCUCAAAUUCUUUUUAUUGGAGGUGGAAAGGAUCUUCAGUUAAAGGAUGCGGUGGAGUCUGAUGUUCAAGAUGAUACAUUUGAGCAUCAUCUACAAGAAAAGGAGAUAAGUGCUAUUUGUUGGGCAUCUUCUGAUGGAACCAUUCUUGCAGUGGGAUACAUAGAUGGGGAUAUCUUGUUCUGGAAUACAUCAAGUAUUGCCUCUUCUAAAGGUGAACGAAAUGGACAAAACAAAAAUGUUGUUAAGCUGCAAUUGUCAUCUGCUGAGAGGAGACUUCCUGUGAUUGUCUUACAAUGGUCCUCAAACAAUAGAUCCCGCAAUGAUUGUAAUGGCCAACUUUUUAUCUAUGGUGGUGAUGAAAUAGGAUCUGAAGAAGUUCUAACGGUUUUGAGUCUUGAAUGGUCAUCUGGGAUGGAGACUGUUAGAUGUGUUGGUCGUGUGGACCUUACCCUCACUGGCUCUUUUGCCGACAUGAUUUUGUUGCCAACUGCUGGGGCAACAGGGGGCAAUCACAAAGCUGAUCUUUUUGUGUUGACAAACCCUGGACAACUGCAUCUUUAUGAUGAUACGAUCUUGUCUACCUUGUUAUCUGAGCAUGAGAGGAAACAAUUUUCCUGUCCAGUGGAAUUUCCCAUGGUAAUACCUACAGCUGACCCAUCAAUGACUGUGGCAAAGUUCAGCGUGCUACCCAAAGGAGGAAACUCACCAAAAGGUCUGUCAGAGCUUGCAUCAAUGAUGAAACCAGGCUCAACACCAACCCCAGCUGGUGGCAUAAAGUGGCCCUUGACAGGGGGUGUACCCACACAACUAUCUGUUGCCAAAGACAAAAGUAUCAACCAAGUGUACAUAGCAGGUUACCAGGAUGGAUCUGUUCGGAUAUGGGAUGCGUCAUACCCUGUCCUGACGCUUAUCUCUGUUUUAGAAGGAGAAGUGCAAGGUACAAAUGUGGCUGGUUUAAGUGCUCCAGUGACCACCCUGAACUUCUGUUGGCUCACUUUAAGUUUGGCUGUUGGAAAUGAAUGUGGCGUGGUUCGCAUUUAUAACCUCAACGGCAGCUCAGGUAAAACAAGCUUUCACUAUGUCACUGAGACGAAAUGUGAAGUUCAGAGUUUGCCCCAAGGAAAAGGACCUCAGUGUAUAGCUGUAUUUUCCCUUCUUAAUUCACCAGUUCGGGCCAUGCAGUUUGUUAAUUGUGGAGCCAAGCUUGCUGUUGGAUUUGAAUUUAGUCAUGUCGCUGUACUUGAUGUGAGUUCAUCAUCAGUUUUGUUUGUUACUGACUGUGUAUCUAGUUCGUCAUCUCCGAUCAUUUCAGUGUCUUGGUUAGAGUUUAAAAAUGCUCAUAGCCUUGUAAAAAGCUCAAAGCAUUCAGAAACAGAAGCUGCAGUCAAAUCUGAAGAGGAAAUAAUAUUUAUCUUAACCAAGGAUGGAAAAAUUGUCUCUGUUGAUGGUGGUAAUGGUGCGAUGAUACGCCCUCAUCCAUGGCACUUGAAAAAAGAAGAAACUGCACUUUCCAUGUACAUUAUAGAGAGCAGUUUUUCUGUAUCUGAAUUAAACUGUGAAAAGCAGCUGGAGGAAUCCAGCAAGGAUACCACUGACAAGGGUGAGCCUAGGCUUAAUGCUUCUUCAACUGGGACUGAACAUCUCCCCCCUUCAGAAACUGCAUCCUCUCAGGAGCACUCACUUGAUGCACUUCUUUUGCUUUGUUGUGAAAAUUCAUUGCGCUUGUACUCCAUGAAGUCUGUGAUUCAGGGGAAGGAUAAAACCAUUCUUAAAGUAAAACAUGCAAAACCUUGCUGUUGGACGACCACUUUUAAGAAAGAUGGAAGAGUUUGUGGACUGGUCUUGCUGUUUCAAACAGGGGAUAUGGAGAUAAGAUCCUUGCCAGACUUGGAAUUGGUUAAAGAAAGCUCCAUAAUGUCAAUUCUAAGGUGGAACUACAAGGCAAACAUGGAUAAGAUGAUGACUUCUGAUAAUGCACAAGUUACACUGGCAAGUGGAUGUGAAGUGGCAUUUGUCUCUCUCUUGAAUGGUGAAAAUGAUUUCAGGGUUCCAGAAUCUCUGCCUUGUCUCCAUGAUAAAGUUCUUGCUGCGGCUGCUGAUGCUGCCUUUAGUUUCUCUUCAAAUCAGAACAAAAAACAGGGUGCAGCACCAGGGAUUCUUAGGGGUAUAGCCAAAGGCUUCAAAGGAGGAAAAGUGAAUACUUCUCCAACGCCAGAAUCUGAUUUUUCUCAUUUGGAGAGAAAGUUUUUGAUGUCCCCAUUCUUAGACACAGCCCAGAAUGCUAUAAAUACGCAGGAAGAUGUGGAGCUUGAUAUAGAUGACAUUGAAAUAGAUGAAAUGCCACCUGUAACUAGCUCCUCAUCUCAUGAAGUUGUUAAAACAAAAGGAGAGAAGGAAACAGACAGAGAAAAACUGUUAGGUGCAUCAGAUGAUACAACGCCCAGACUUAGAACACCUCAAGAAAUUAUUGCUAAAUAUAGAAAAACUGGGGAUGCCUCUUCAGCAGCUGCGCAUGCAAGAAAUAAACUGGUGGAAAGGCAGGAAAAGCUAGAGAGAAUCAGCAGGCGUACUGAAGAGCUGCAAAGUGGGGCUGAAAACUUUGCAUCAUUGGCAGAUGAGCUUGUCAAGGCAAUGGAAAAUCGAAAGUGGUGGCAGAUAUAAGGGGAUACAAAUGGGGAUUAAUGAUCUUGAGAUUAGUUCUUUCAUGUUCAAUGUCUUGAUCACUUUCGGGAACAGGAGACUUGAACCAAGAGGAUCUUUGAUGGCCAUUAUCAUUGCACACUACCAACUUUCUGCAAAGCAUAUGAUCUGCUUAGUGGAAAAUUGAGGGUUGCAGCUUCGACAGACGACAGCAUUCACGAGUUCACUGUUUCCGAUGUAAAGUAAAUAUAUGUUGCAGCUGCUUAAAUACGAUUCAUGCUGAUAAAAAUACAUGGGGUCGAAAAUCAUAGAUUUCUUUUUAUGCAAUGCAUAUUGAAGAGUGAAUGUAAAAAAGGAUUGAUGUUGAUGAAGUAUAGAGGUGUAAAAUCAUUAUUUUGGAACAAUCUACCAUCCAUAUCAGUGAUGCAGAAUUUCCCGGCAGGUUA